AAAAGACUGUAGGAGAGUAAAUAAGUCACAAAUAUUGGGAACUGUAAUUUGCUAGCUGUGUGUUAUGGCUCCUUCAGUGACCGACUUCCCAUUCGUUGUGUGGACAUGGGCAGGUGAGGAGGUUGUUGGCUCGUCCGCUCGCUCCGUAGCUAACUGGCGCCGAUACCGCUCCUCAUAGUGCUUUACAAAAUACGCUCAGACAGUAUAUUUUGGUGGUCACAGGGGCCUGACGUGUCACUACUGGUAACAUCUGGGGAACGUACUGGUGUUGUGUGUUGUGUUGUGACGCCAGGAUACUACACCAGUGAAGAUGGUGAUGGUGGUGGUAUGGCUGACGGUGGUGUGGUUGGCUGGUAUGGCCGGUACACUCCCCCUCGACCAUUCAGAGUCACGAGGAUUUGUUGGGUUUUCACUGUUUCCGCCACCUCCCCAUGUCAACCCGGUGGAGUGCGUGACGACCAACUCCUUACUGACGGUGGGCACCUGUUACAACUCCCGUUCCUGUAAACAAGUGGGUGGUGCUGCCUCGGGCAAGUGUGCAACGGGGGGCGUCUGUUGUGUCUUGCCGGCAGUUUGUGGGGGGACAAUCACUCAGAACAGGACUUGGUUCGUCAACAAGGACUUUCCCGACAAGUCCAGAGACUCUGGGGAGUGUGUUCUCACCAUCAAGAAGUCUGACAAGUCGAUAAAACAGGCGCGUCUAGACUUUGAGUCGCUGGAGCUGGCAGGACCCCGAAAUGGACGGUGUGUAGGGGACGCCAUGACUAUCUCUCGCCCCACCACCGGCGGGAGACGGAUGGUCCAGCUGGCUCCUCCCCUUUGCGGCAACAACUCACGGCAGCACGUGUACGUGGACCUGGAGGAUGGGGAAGUGGAGGUACGGGUGGUGCUCAACUCCAAUGGUUUGUCUCGCGAGGCGUCCCCCCAGCGACAGUGGCGAGUCCUCAUCACUCAGCUCAACCAAAAACAAGCUGCUCCCCACGGGUGUCUUCAGUACCACAGGGAAGCAUCAUCAGAAGUUCACUCCCUGAACUAUGGCGGCGACUUCAGAGAUGAUCUGAACUAUGACAUCUGCUUCAGUAAACUGGGCAGAUCACUAAAAACGGAUGAAUCAUGUAAUCGUAAGUUCACCAAUGUAGACUUUGAUCAGAACCCCUCCUACCGUUAUCGUAGUGAGCUGGUUAAGAAAAGGACAAACAAGAUAAAGAAAUCACAGAGGGUCAGGAGAGCUGCAGAAGUUCGUGAAAUUGGCAACCAAGGCUCGCCCAUUCAGUUCAUCCCCGGUAAAGAGCAAGCUAAUGAUGCAUUCUCUGAUGUGAUUAGUCUUGUUUCAAAAACUGUAGAGGAAGUACGGACUGAGACUGACCAGAGAGAAGCUGCGAGUAAUGAAAGUCAUAGUAGUAUUGCCCUUCCAUUGUUUCAACCAUUCACUGACACACACAGCACCAACAACACACAACAAGAUGUCACUAUUGUAAAGAUUGAGUCAAGUGAUCAAAGUCCAGCAGAAACCAGUGAGGAGGUUGAGAAUAUGGCAACAGCAAGUGGACCCGGAGUUCUUCCCAUUCUUUACUCUGAAGGUAAUGAGGCAGUCAUUAGCCAGAUCCAACGUGUUGUCCAACAACUACAGCAGCAGCAACUGGGACUUGGUGCCACAAAUAAUGGCCAAGAUUUGAACAUUUACUCAGAUAGGUUUGUGUCACCAUUUGCAGUUGACAGUCUUACUGCUGAUGCAGAUGAAGUUGUGGUGGGAGGAGGCACAAGUAAUGACGAGGCAAGAAUUGAAAGAAAUGUGACAAAACCUGAGACAACAGAGGAGCCUUUCAGUGACAGUUCUAAUGAUCUGGGAGGUUUACAUACAUCAAAUUCUUUGUCUGUAACAACAGAGGCAGCAAUACCAGUAACAGACAAUAUAACAAUUGAGGGAAUUUGGGUUGAAACUGUGAUUAGUCCAGAUGGUUCUGUUGUGUUGCCUCUUGAUGUUGCACCAGUCACAGAUUCUGAUAGGGACCCGAGUACUUCACCUAAUGACAGUCAGUUGACAUCUAAUGAUGGUGGCUCAGCAACUUCAGAAGGCUCAGAAACAUCUAAAGUCACAGCAACCUCUGACAUAGGUCUGGGGACUUCUGAGGACCAAGGAACUAAUGACAAGAAUCCAGUAACUUCUAAUGAGGGUUCAGCAGCUUUUGUUGAGGGAACAACUUCUGAUGAUGUAAGCCCAACAACUAUUGAUGAGGGCCUAACUCUGUCAGAUGAGAGUGUAACAACACCGACUGAAGAUGGUCUACCAACUUCAGGAGAGGACCUGACAACUUCUUAUGAGAGUCCAACAACCUUGAGAGAAGAUAUAACAACUUUUGAACGUCCAACAACAUCAAUGGAAAAUCCAAUAAUUUCUGGAGUAGAUCUAACAACUUCUUAUGACAUGCUAACAACUUCGACUGAGGAGAACCCAACAGCUUCUCCAGAGGUCUUAACCACAACUAAUGAGCCAACAACAACUUUGAGUAACAACAAAGAUAUUUUAGAACUGAAGGAAACGACCAUAAGGGACGACAGUAUGAAUUACGACGAAGACAUGAGCAAUGUGGAGGUAAUGUUAGAAAUCAUGAAAGACCAGUUCCUCGCCGAUUAUAUUGUAAAAGACGCUCUACCUCCGACUGACAUGGAUUUUGUGGCCUCUGAGGGUGAUGGGAGUGAUGCCCUGGGAGGAACAUCUGGGGAGAUUAUAAUGGUGGGAGGAAGUUCAGGAGCAACUGAUCAGGUGGUGCAAGUUGGGCCAGAUACUGACCCUCUUGGCACUGAUUUGUAUGCAGGUGACUCAGGUGUGACAGGUGCCUCAAAUACAACAGAUGACUCUGGUGUAAUAACCGACUCGAGUACGACGAGUGUACCAAGUGUAACAACCGACACAAGUAUGACAAGUGACUCAAGUGUAACAACCGACUCAAGUAUGACAAGUGAAUCACGUGUAACAACGGACUCAAUUAUGACUAGUGAAUCACGUGUAACAACCGACUCAAGUACAAGUGACUCAAGUCUAACAACGGACUUGGGUGUAGCAACUGACUCAAGUAUGACAAGUGACUCAAGUGUAACAACCGACUCCAGUACAAGUGAUUCAAGUGUAGCAACUGACUCGAGCAUGACAAGUGCAGUAAGUGACACCAACAGUGGAAGUGCUCAAGUUGAACUGACUUUGGUGGACCCAGAGAGGGUACAGGUUCACGGCAACCUGGUCAUCAUCGACCACUCCAGCAAUGAUUCAAGUAAUGUAGAUGAUACAGACACAUUAGCUGGAGGUCAAGGUGCAGGUGAGGUGGUAGAGGAGAUGGAUGAUUUAAAGAACAAUGAUGAUUUUGAAACUGGACUGCUGGGAACCACUGAAUCAACCACCGCCAUGAAAGGCGAUCCAUCAGAAGGUUUUGGCCAAGUAAUCCCAAUUGGUACUGCCCAAGGGAGUGAAGAAAACCCAGCCAGUGAUGGGAUCCAGUGGCUCAUCCUGGAGAAAGGUGCUGCAGCUGAAGAUGUAGUCUCCAGUUCUUCUCCUCUACUCCCACCUGAGAUCAUAGUAACCUCUGGCAUCGGCUUUGGAUCUGAGAUUAUGGAUGCAGACAUCAGUGGGCCAUCUGAGGGCACAACACUGACUGAGGCCAUUAAUAUAAGAGACUCAGAAUUUGUUAAUACUUCAGCAGAUGCACCUGUAGAUGACAGCACAGUAGCCAUAACUAUAGACAACAGUGAAACAAACAUAACUGUAAAUGUUAAUACAGACAUAGGCAGCAGUGUAACAGACAAUAGUGAAGACGGUAUUAUUAAAGACAACAGUGCAUCAUCAGACACAGGUGUAGACAGUAGUGCACUAGACACAGGUGCAGACAGCAGUGCACUAAACACAGGUGUAGACAGCAGUGCACCAAAUACAGGUGUAGACAGCAGUGCACUAGACACAGGUGUAGACAGCAGUGCACCUGAUACAGGUGUAGACAGCAGUGCACUAGACACAGAUGUAGACAGCAGUGCACUAGACACAGGUGUAGACAGCAGUGCACUAGACACAGGUGUAGACAGCAGUGCACUAGACACAGAUGUAGACAGCAGUGCACUAGACACAGGUGUAGACAGCAGUGCACUAGACACAGGUGUAGACAGCAGUGCACUAGACACAGACACCAGCACAGCAGUGCACUAG